GAUCACCUUGAGAUAUUCUAAAGAUAAACUAAACUUAAUGAAAAUAAAUUUUCGGUGUUCAAAUUUAAGAAUUUGAUAUUUGCUAAUUAAGUUGAUUACUAAUUUCCAUUUAUUUAAAAACGCAGAAUAUUGGUUAUUGUGGUCUAACAUUUUGUUAUCGAAAUGACACAUCCUGUAACAUUUAAAUAAAUAAUUUAAAAUCGUUUAUUUCAUUUUUAAGUGUUAAUUCAAAGAUGAUGUUUAUUUUUUGUUGCGUUUUAUUACUUUCUCUUCAAGACGUUUUUUGUGAAGAGAAUAAGUUCCAAUGGGUUGUGAAUCAAGAAUUUAAGAUAAAACCCACAAAGGCUGAAGAGGCAAAAAAUAACUUUUACUUCGACUUCGAAUGUCCUAAAGGAUUUAUUACUUAUGGUGAUUAUUGUUACUUAAAUGUAACGAUUUCGAAAUCGAAUUGUCCUAAAUUACGCGAACUCAACACUACAUACUCUUUGAAUCAUCACUACAAAAACAAAGAUGAAGAAUUUAGCCCCGAUUUAAAUUGUUCUUACCACGUUGAGGAGUUUCUUGACAUUUCAAAAUCGGAUAAUUCGUUAAAAUUAAAUUUAUUUUUGGAUGUUGAAAAUGAAAAGAUCGUUUUGGAUACAUUUUUGGAUCAACCUGAAAAAGCUUUGAAGAUUUUGUGUUUACAACAAAGUAAGCUACACCGAAAUUAUGCCACAGAGAUUAAAAUGAAUCUCGAGGAUGAUCAAUUAAACGAAAAUUCAACGACGAGAAGAUAUUCUUUUAAUUAUAAUAACAUUACAAAAUUAAGCAUUUUUUAUUGUUGUAGUUAUGCUUCGGGGAGAAUUAAACCGGUUGCAAGUAAUUUAAUUUUUGGAAAUCAACAGAUUAAGCACAAACAUGAAGUUUUUUAUGCAACAUUCUCAAAAAUGAUUGAUAAAGCAAGUAACGAAAUUUGUGUCGUUAAUGAAACUAAAAUUAGCUACCUAAUUCAAAUGGAUCAUAAAGUUGGACUUUAUAGCAAAACUCAGAUAAUGAUGUACGUUGAAAAUGAAUUAAAUUUAAAAAAUUUAAAAGAAAUUAAAAGUACGAAGUAUUGUUUUAAGGAAAAAUCGAACAAAACUAAUUCGAUUUGGCCAAAAACUUUAAUUGGGGAAACAGCUUACCCUCAAGAUUUAUGUUUAAACAAAAAUAAUCAAUUUAUUGCAAGAAAAUGUGGAGGUGAUAACUUUAACGGGGGUGAAUGGGAGGAAGAAAUUGAUUGUUUUAACAAAACUUUACCACCCAUAACAACCGAAUUAUUAAAAAUUAAUGUUAUUAACUCAAAAAAAAAUCUGGAUGACCUACAAAACAUUAUAAUGAAUCAAAAAUUAAGCGAAAUCGACGCCCAUAUCAUCAUAAAUAUUUUCGAAAGCACACCAAGUUUUAAUGAAUCGUGGGAGAAUGAAAUUUUUUCAAUCAUUAAUACAAUUUCAAAGCUACCAAUUGAAUCACAAACCACAAAAUCAAAAAUAAUUAAGAAUAUCGAACGUUUCGUUACAAUAUUUAGCACAAAAAAUAAUUCCAAUGUAAUUAAAAGUCACGGCGAUAUCAAAUAUUUUUCAUUAAAUCCAUUUAAAAUAAAAAAAUUUAAUGGAUAUGAUGUCGCUUUAACCAAAGCUUUUUUAAAAUCGUUAAAAUUAACUGCAAAAGAAGAAAAAGAUUUUGUAAUGAACGUUAUUAACUUUGAAAAUAAUAAAUUAUUUUUAAAAAAUGACGAAAUUUAUGGGAAAGUUGUCGAUAUUAAAUUUGUGGGGAUUAAAAAAUUUAAUAACUUUUCAAAACCGAUUAUUUUAAAUUUUCCUCGUGAAGAUAACAAAGCAUAUAAAUGCGGAUUUUGGGAUGAAACAACAAAAAUGUGGUCAACGUUUGAUGUGUUAACAAAAAUUAACCCGGAAUCAAUUGAAUGCCAAAGUUAUCAUCUCACAAAAUUUGCUUUAUUAAUUGUAUCAUCUGAUAUAGUGAUACCGCGUAGAAUAACUUAUUUCGAUAAAAUCAUCGAUUUCAUUUCUGCAUUUGAAUUAUUUUUAUCGGCCAUAGGUUGUUGUAUUGUUUUAUUAUUAGCACUCAGUAUACGCGAAUGGAGAUCAACUCGCUCUUAUAUAACUCAAUUAUCUCUGGUGAUAUUCCUCGAAGCAUCGUUACUUUUAAUCAUAGACGCAAACAACAACAUUUUAAACACAAAAUUUUGUAUUUAUUUCGCUAUUUCGUUACAUUUUCUCGUGUUAGAAAAAUUUUUGUUAAUGUUUAUGUUCGGUUUAUCACAAUUGGAAAAUUUUAUGAAAAUUUUCAAAAAACUUAAAAAGAUCGUUCGAAAAUCAUCGUGUAGCGGCGCUUUCUUUCGUUGGAUUGUACCAUUUUUAAUCUCAUUUACAUCGAUAUUAUGUUACUUGGACGAAAAAUAUUAUCGAACCGAUGCGGGGGAGAUUCAAUUUUGUUAUCCAAAACAUGAACCUCAUUUAUAUUUCGUUAUUAUCCCUGUUUCUAUCAUUUUGUGCUUCAAUAUCAUCGUUUUUGUAAUUGUGAUAACUAAAAUUUCCGGAAGUCCUUCGAUUGAUGCCCAAAAGAAACUAUUCCAAUUCAAAUUAACCGUUUUGCUUUGGUUUCUUUUGGGUGGAAGUUGGAUUUCGGGGGUUUUAAUGAAUAUAAGACAAGGAGGUAUUUUUGAGGAUGUUUGUUAUUAUAUUUUUAUUUUAAUUGCGCCGUUACAAGGAUUCGUUUUAUUUAUAUUUUAUGUUGUUUUAGAUAAAAGUAGUGGGGAGAUUGUUAAGAAAUCUAUUUGGUCUAAUUCAUAAAUAGCAACAAUUUUUUUCAUUAAGAUUGUGUGUUCAAUGCCUUGUGAUGCUGAGUAACUCACAUCAUGGUGGUUGUAUGCAAUAAAUCAUAAUAACAAUAAAAUUAGAUUAAAUUUC